UCAGAUGGACGCUGUUGGUCGUGUAAUCCCGGUUUCUGCAUCCCAUCCUCGUUAACCUGCGACGAAAUCAAAGACUGCCCAGACGGAUCCGACGAGAACUUCUGCAGCCCCGCAACCACCGCACUCUCCAUAGAAAAUGAAGCCGACGCCUGGACGUUGGCUCUGAUCUUGGGCGGCCUCGCCACUGGACUGUGCCUGCUCAUUUUGUCCUUCCUCGGAGCUGCAUGCUUUAGACGAUCUCGAGAGGAUUUACAGCGGUAUCGAGUGUUGGCUGCCGAGAAAAGGAAGCAGGAAGGAAAGACCCUAGAAGGCAGCUUAUCGAACCACGCGAUGGACGCCGACGACGACAGCGGCGGGACGUGGUCAUCCGGAUCCGGCGCCCCUUCCCCGCCCCCCCUGCCGAAGUUGCCCCCCAUGCCGACGUGGAGCACCUUCAGGAGCCUGCCCGACCGCCACAAGGCCAGAGCCAGCGACCCCAGAGCCAGCGAUCCCGGCUUCCUGGACGCGAACCCGCGAUCGACCGACCGCCCUCGACGACAUCGUUUUCCCUACGGAUCGGCUCCCAACGUCUCUCCCCCGAAGCGGAUGGACCCCGGUUCGACAGAGGUCAUCACUUUCACGGCGGAAGUCACUAUGGAGCCGGAACCGGGAGAAGAAAUUUCAACGGCAGACAUCACGGACGAUGACCAAAUGGCUCAAAGUCAUUUGUAAAGGGGACCACGGUUUCAUAGAGCACGUUCUUAUCGUAAUAAACGAGUUGUGAGUGUGUCGGAU